AUGGCGGUCACACGCGAAGACAAUGUUUACAUGGUCAAAUCUCGAUGUUGGUGGGCACACAUUCGAGGAGCGAAACCUAUUCUCCGUUGCUUACAAGAAUAUAUGGUUGGACCUCGCCGUGCCUCGUGGCGGAUCGUCUCUUCCAUUGAGCAGAAGGAGGAGACUCGUGGUAAUGUCGAACACGUGUCCACCAUCAAGGAAUACAGGUCCAAGAUCGAGAACGAACUCGCCUCCAUAUUCGAUGAUAUUCUGGAUCUCGCUUGA